GCCCGGAGUUUGCGCGCCUGGCCUCGUCGGCCCUGGGCUCCUCCGCACAUCUGCGACCCCGGCAGCAUGGUGCCGGCGCCCGGGUUAAUCUAGCUCUGCGUUCGCUCCUUCCCCCUCCUCCUCCUCCUCCUCCUCCUCCUCCUCCUCCUGGUCUCCCUCCUCCCGCCGGCGCUGCCUCCGGCUUCCCAGCGUGUUGGGAGUACUCGACUCGCCGCCUCUCCGAGGAGACCGGGUGGUGACCACGGAACACAACUUGCCCAUUGCACAGCCGAGCCCCGGGACAGCUGGAGAAUGUCCACCCCGAGCCGAUUCAAAAAGGACAAAGAGAUCAUAGCCGAGUAUGAAAGUCAAGUCAAAGAAAUUCGAGCUCAACUGGUAGAACAACAAAAAUGCCUGGAGCAGCAAACCGAGAUGCGAGUUCAGCUUCUCCAGGACCUCCAAGACUUCUUCCGGAAAAAAGCGGAAAUUGAGACGGAAUAUUCUCGGAACCUAGAGAAGCUGGCAGAAAGGUUCAUGGCAAAAACAAGAAGCACCAAGGACCACCAGCAAUACAAGAAAGACCAGAACCUGCUAUCUCCAGUGAACUGCUGGUAUUUGCUUCUGAACCAAGUGAGGAGAGAAAGCAAAGACCAUGCGACCUUGAGCGACAUCUACCUGAACAAUGUCAUUAUGCGGUUCAUGCAGAUAAGCGAGGAUUCGACGAGAAUGUUUAAAAAGAGCAAAGAGAUUGCAUUCCAACUUCAUGAGGACUUAAUGAAGGUUCUGAACGAGCUCUACACGGUGAUGAAAACAUACCACAUGUAUCAUGCCGAGAGUAUCAGUGCCGAGAGCAAGCUGAAAGAGGCCGAGAAGCAAGAGGAGAAGCAAAUUGGGAGAUCUGGCGAUCCGGUCUUCCACAUCAGACUAGAAGAGAGACAGCAGCGGCGCAGCUCUGUGAAGAAGAUAGAAAAAAUGAAAGAAAAGAGACAAGCUAAGUAUUCAGAAAAUAAGCUGAAGUCGAUCAAAGCACGGAAUGAAUAUCUCCUAACACUUGAAGCAACCAAUGCCUCAGUGUUCAAGUAUUACAUUCAUGAUCUUUCAGAUUUAAUUGAUUGCUGUGAUCUCGGCUACCAUGCAAGUCUGAAUAGAGCCCUGAGAACUUAUCUGUCUGCGGAGUAUAACCUUGAGACCUCCAGGCAUGAAGGCUUAGACAUUAUUGAGAAUGCAGUUGACAACUUAGAGCCACGGAGUGACAAGCAGAGAUUCAUGGAGAUGUACCCUGCUGCAUUCUGUCCACCAAUGAAGUUUGAGUUUCAGUCUCACAUGGGCGAUGAGGUGUGUCAGGUCAGCGCGCAGCAGCCUGUCCAGGCGGAACUCAUGCUCAGAUACCAACAGCUGCAGUCCCGGCUGGCCACACUGAAAAUCGAGAACGAGGAGGUCAAGAAAACAACCGAAGCCACCUUGCAGACGAUACAGGACAUGGUCACCAUUGAGGACUAUGAUGUGUCAGAAUGCUUCCAGCACAGCCGCUCCACAGAGUCUGUGAAGUCUACUGUGUCUGAAACCUACCUGAGUAAGCCCAGCAUCGCCAAGAGGAGAGCUAACCAGCAAGAAACGGAGCAGUUCUACUUCAUGAAACUCAGAGAAUAUUUGGAAGGCAGUAAUCUUAUCACCAAACUUCAAGCCAAGCAUGAUUUGCUGCAGAGGACUCUUGGAGAAGGUCAUAGAGCUGAAUAUAUGACUACAAGGCCUCCAAAUGUUCCCCCUAAGCCCCAGAAACACAGGAAGUCCAGACCCCGCUCACAGUAUAAUGCUAAGUUGUUUAAUGGGGAUUUGGAAACAUUCGUCAAGGACUCAGGACAGGUUAUCCCCCUUAUUGUGGAGAGCUGUAUUCGGUUCAUCAAUCUCUAUGGUCUGCAGCAUCAGGGGAUCUUCCGCGUGUCUGGUUCCCAGGUGGAAGUCAACGAUAUUAAAAAUUCAUUUGAGAGAGGUGAAAACCCUUUGGCUGAUGACCAGAGCAACCACGAUAUCAACUCCGUGGCUGGCGUUCUAAAGCUCUACUUCCGUGGGCUGGAAAACCCCCUCUUUCCUAAGGAAAGAUUUAAUGAUCUGAUUUCUAGUAUCAGAAUAGAGAAUCUCUAUGAGAGGGCGCUGCACAUCCGCAAACUCCUCCUCACCUUGCCCAGGUCGGUCCUUAUAGUGAUGAGGUACCUCUUUGCCUUCCUCAAUCAUCUUUCCCAGUACAGCGACGAGAACAUGAUGGACCCUUAUAACCUGGCCAUUUGCUUUGGCCCAACACUGAUGCCUGUCCCAGAAAUACAAGACCAGGUGUCCUGCCAGGCUCAUGUGAAUGAAAUCGUCAAGACCAUCAUCAUCCAUCACGAAACUAUCUUCCCAGAUGCUAAGGAACUAGAUGGCCCUGUGUAUGAGAAGUGCAUGACUGGGGGUGACUACUGUGACAGCCCAUACAGUGAGCAUGGGACAUUGGAGGAGGUGGACCAGGAUGCCGGUACAGAGCCCCACACCAGUGAAGAUGAAUGUGAGCCAAUCGAAGCCAUUGCCAAGUUUGACUAUGUUGGGCGAUCUGCUCGAGAGCUGUCCUUCAAGAAGGGUGCCUCCCUGCUCCUGUACCACCGCGCCUCGGAGGACUGGUGGGAAGGCAGACACAAUGGGAUUGACGGGCUUGUGCCUCACCAGUAUAUAGUGGUGCAGGAUAUGGAUGACACGUUUUCAGACACCCUGAGCCAGAAAGCCGACAGUGAGGCCAGCAGUGGGCCGGUCACCGAAGACAAGUCUUCAUCCAAGGACAUGAACUCCCCAACUGACCGGCACGCUGACGGCUAUCUAGCCAGACAGAGAAAAAGAGGAGAGCCACCCCCUCCAGGAAGGCGUCCUGGCAGGACCAGUGAUAGCCAUUGCCCGCUCCAUCCCCCACAUGCUCUUUCCAACUCCUCAGUUGAUUUGGGGUCCCCAAAUCUAGCCAGUCACCCCCGGGGCCUGCUACAGAACCGUGGCCUCAACGACAGCCCUGAGAGGAGACGCCGGCCUGGCCACGGCAGCCUGACCAACAUCAGUCGGCAUGACUCCCUCAAGAAGAUCGACAGCCCUCCGAUCAGGAGGUCCACAUCAUCAGGGCAGUACACAGGCUUCAACGACCACAAGCCACUGGACCCAGAAACAAUUGCUCAGGAUAUUGAAGAGACCAUGAACACUGCUUUGAACGAACUCCGUGAACUAGAGAGACAGAGUACAGCAAAGCAUGCCCCCGACGUGGUGCUGGAUACCUUGGAACAAGUGAAAAACUCUCCCACGCCUGCCACCUCCACGGAAUCUCUCAGCCCGUUACACAGCGUCGCCCUGAGGAGCUCCGAGCCUCAGAUUCGACGCAGCACUAGCUCCUCCAGUGAUACCAUGAGUACUUUCAAGCCUAUGGUAGCACCCAGGAUGGGCGUGCAGCUCAAGCCCCCAGCCCUUAGGCCAAAACCUGCUGUUCUUCCAAAAACAAACCCCACCGUAGGACCCGCUGCCCCUUCCCAGGGUCCAACAGACAAGUCCUGCACGAUGUAAAAGCCAGCUGAGCAAGGUCACGAGGGGAGGUGAUUUCAGAAGAGAAAAUGGAUUAGUGACAAGAGUCAGUGAUCCAGGAUGUCCCUUAGUUCUGUGCUUAUAACUGGAGAUCUUUUGGCUUUUCUAUGUUGUCAGUUGUAAUAUCUGAGACUAGGUAAAUUAACAGGGGCAUUUGUAUCUUGUAAUUUUUUAAAUAACUGGACAUAGGUCAUUUUAAAGACAAUAGAAACACUUAGACUUACUUGAAAAUCCAAUGCUGCACCACUUGUAAUGAAGGCAAGACCACUCCCCGCAUCAUACCAUGUAUUCAGUCUAGGUGAGUGUGCUGGAGGCAGAAGACUCGGACUUCCAGAUCUUCCUGGAGUAGAACCAGUGUGGUCUGUGGCACUUGGGGGAACAGCUGAAGACCAUGCAUUGUUCGUAGCUGCCCUCUGACUAUUCAGAGCAGGGGUCCAGAGCCUGUUAAAGACUUGCAGUGGUCACAGUAGAAAGCUGGGCCUUCAGUCCCACUGCGUGGAUUGAAUGGGUUGAAUGACGGCUUCUUCCCUAACAGUCCAGGUAAAAGACUCGAUGGAAGAGGGAGAAACAGUUACUGCUUGAACUGAACCUGGGAAAGGAAAGGGAGACACCAUCUCCGAAGCAGUUGGCAUGACUCCGUCCAAGAGGGUGAUCGGGACUGGAGGUUUGUGAGCACUUCGCUACAUUUACAAAGGACGAAAGCAGUCUACCUUUAAUGACAAACUCCCGCAACACUAUCUUGUUCAAUAGCCGCCCAGAAACGAUUUCUGCCUUCCCCGAAUCCCACCAUUUGCCUCUGUGGCAAUGCAGAAAGCAAACAUGAAUCCUUAAUUCACCACUGCUCUUCUGACUAAAUUACCUAGGUUCCCACAAAGGCCUGCUGGUCCUAAAUUUGAUAUUCCAGCUGUCUGUCCAUUUCUCUCUUUGAGCCAAGCCAGAGCUGGCUAUGGUACUUGAGUGAGAGCCAUGCCAGGCCCCCGUGGGAAGAUGGCCGCAUGGUGCCAGGAUGCUUUCUUCCCAGUUUUGUACCUCACAACCAUGACUUCCUUUCCUGUCCUGUUUGGGUUUGGGUUUUUGGUUUUGUUUUCAUUUUCUGUAUGUGAUCUCUACAUGGCUCACAUAGUCAAAUGAACUCAGUGAGGGAACCUCUUUCUCUGCCAUCAUAACACAUAGGAAACUUUUCUUUGUUAUAUAUUUUUUGUACCAGAUUUCUCCUCUAGCUUUAAAAAAAAUAUGGUGGGGUUGUUUGUGUGCUGGAGAUUGAACGUAGCGCCUCACGCACACUAAGCACAUCCUGUGCCAUCGAGCUAUAGUCCUAGCUCCUUACCCCAAAUUUUUCUAAUGAAAUUGUUUUUACUAAGGUACAAAUCACCAACAUCGUACCAGCAGCAGCUGGCAUCAUCUAUUAUCCCAUGCGCAUUUGACCUACAUUGUCCUUGAACUUCCUGAUGAAGAAAAGUGGAUGCCUCAGGUCAAGCCUCUUUUACCUUCUAGGUUUGAUUUCAAGCUGGCAGCCAGCUUCCUGUCCACCUCAGAGGUGCCAUCCAGUGUGGACUUGUAAUUCAUGCAAACAUGAAUCGGGAUCUGGACUGAAAUCAAGACGUGACUUUGAUCUCUACCUCAGUUUGCCAGUCCAAUCAUUCUACUGCAGAAAGAGAUUAUUGAAAAUUACCUUUCAAAAGUACUUUGGGUUGCUUAUAAUUUCACAAAUGGGUUCAAUAGUACCCCUACCCUCAUCCCAGGUAUUGCCAGGUAUGAUAAAAUUUUAAACCUCACAAUUUUCAGAACCAUUCAUUUUGGCCAUUUUCUAAAUAAGACCUUGGAGACCCAGCCAGCACUGAGCUUUUUAAAUAAUCCACCUCUAAUUUCCUAGGAAGCUUCCCCUUUCCUAAGUAAUCCCCUACUUUUUAAAAAAAAAUAAUAAUUCUUAAAAACAUUACCUUCCUUGCUGGAAGGAUGAAUGGUAACAGAAGGCAAGAAAAGGCAAAAGUGAAGAUGCCUUUUACCAGCUUAAACUUCAGCUUUUCAGAUCUUACUCCCACAUGGCUUCCUUGCAGACAGCUCCCUGGUAACCCUCCCCAGCAUCCGCUGUCUUCGCUGUGUCUGUCUAUCCUUUCCUGCCCUUUGGAUCAGGACUCUGCUGGCUUGGACAGCAAAGGACGUGCUGAAGUGGGCAUGACUCAGGCUGUGCCUUCCUUCAAGAACAGCCCCUAAUAGGCUCCCACCCCUCCCUCCAUGUGUCUCCACCUUCUCUCCUGCAGUCUGAGUAUCGCCUCAGCACUUGUUCUCUCCCAAUCGCAAGCAAAGGGUGUAACCUUAUCCUCGCUUUGUUUAGUAACUACUCAACAUCAACAGUUUCAUAUUUUCACGGCGGACGUUGGUAUCUUGAAGCCAUGCAUAGGAUGAUUUACAGGGAAAAGACAAGGCACCACUGCCUGUAGGAUCUAAGAGACAGUCAGGAAAGCUCACUACAAGCUACAGGAACUGAAAAGGCUCACCUGGUCCAUAUCUUUGUCUAAGCCAUAGGUAUAGCACCUGGAGGGAAAGAAGGUGCAAGGAAGCAGGAGAGAAGAAAGUGAAGCUGGAGAUGCUCUGCCCUCCCCCCCCCGCCCCCCAUUUCAGGAGUCUCAGAAGGUUUCAUAUGCAGUUUAGGGAUGGGGUCACUUUGAUGAUGGAUAAAUCAGGAGUCUUCAAAAACAGAACCUGACUCCGCCUACACAAGCAUGUGCGUUCAUGGCUGUCAUAGCUGUAUGUUCAUGUUCCAACUCAUGAACUCGGAUGUAGAUUUGUAAAGUUAGCAUUUUGGUCUGGGUUGGGAUUUGAGGAGUGGAUUCUGAGAGAAGGAACUUGGCGCACAUUUCCUGAUGAGUGUUAUGUACGCUUUCAAACUAGAGGGCACUGGGUCAAGUUCCGGUCUUGUUCGGUGUCAGCAGUUCACAGUCACUCAACAGUUUUGCAUGUGUUCACACAAACAACAUACCGUGCCCUGUGAGUCAUCCAGUGAAUAAUUUAUAGCAGGGUCCCACUCAGUCUACCACAACAGUCACAGCUACCAAUGAAUAUAGAGCUCCCAAAGAUCAAACUGUGUCUUUUAAGAACAUUUUGUCUUUGCAUCUUUGCCAUUCCCAAAAUGGGUUUAUAAUAAAGAAAACAGAGCGUGGGUGAGUAUUGUUCUUAGCACUUAGGAAUGGCCCAGCCUCUGUGCUGAUGAAACCAUACUCGGAGGGAACCUCUGAAAUCCAACAGUGAAGGGUCUGUGGGUCCACGGAGGGUAGGUUUGGGUUGAGGCUUACUCCUGACCACAUAAGCAAGAGGCCAUUCCUGCGGGAAAUGCAUUUGGGACCCAGUCUUGUUUUCAGUUGUUUACCACAGAGCCCCUGAGGCACUAAGCAACUUGGAAAUGCAGGCUCUGUCCACGUGGAGAUAGAGCCCUUCUACUGUGGACCACCCCCUGAGCUGAGAACCUCCCAAACUCCAGCUGGGCUGGAGCAUCAGGCUUGGUGCAGGGUGACCUUGGCAUAGAUGGUAAAACAAGAUAGAUGAGCUUUCACUUACCCUAGUAUACUUUCUUUAUUUAAAAGAAAAAAUAGUCUAUGUGGUAUAAUGGAAAUUGGUACCUGUAUCUUUAAAUUAUGUAGGGAAUUUUGUAUGUUUAAAUAAUUGUACUGGGUUCCAUGAUGCUUAUCUUAGAAAUUAGUAAAAUAAAAAUACAUAAACCAUGCAUUUGUGAAUGCCCCUCCCUUAGAGCAUUCAUCCAAGUACAGUGUGUAGUGUGAUGGUUAUUGUAGAUAUUUAAAGUAUAGUAAGUGGCUGUGUAACAGGAGAGACUGCUCUUUACCUGCAUUCUUAAGGGUAACUCCUGCCCACAUAAAUGAAAUCAGUAUUGUCCUUCCCUGUCAGUUUGGUCAGCUGCAGCACUGGUAGCCUCCUGCUCGUGACGGUUGCCUAAUGUGUCAAUGUACAUCUGUAGUAUGUACAUGUGAAAGUGCCUUUCUAUGUUAGAGGAGUUUAGCCUUGCUCUUGUACUGUUGCCCACUAUGCCCUGCCUCACCUCCCCUCCUACCUCCUACUGCCCAGCCUUCUAGAAGCUUCCUUCACUCUCCCGACCUCUUCAUCCCCACCUUCCUGUGCCUCUGUGCUCUAUCGUGUGUCUUGCAACCCCGUCAGCCAUUGAACUGUCUCGUUUUCAUAGACGUGAUUGUGCCUUUCUCACCCAGCAGUAAAUCCCCUGUCAUCGCAUCCUCGCAGCCUCCCCGCCAUGCCUCCCACACCGCCACCGCCAUCCCGUCCCCAUGCUCUGCACUGGCCCUGCCAUCGCGUCCCCUCCCUCUGCGGUGGAAAGAAAGGGGAAACCUCUACAGUCCUGGAAGGAAACAAAUGUUUUGUCAGUCUGUCGUGACGAUGCACUUUUAUGUAUAGUACUGUACAUUUUGGCAUGGCCAUUGCAGGCUCCAGUAUCCAGUCGGGUUUGUUCUUCAUGGUGUAUCUUUUCAAUAAAUAAGAUAGUCUGGCCA